AUGUCGUACGACGACACCCCGGAUGUCGUCUUCAAUCCGCAGGAUGAGUCUCUGCCUGAUCCAUCUGGAUUCUUCGCGGAGCUCAACUUGGUGCCGCGUUACUAUGACUUGCCUCACGGUGAUCCACGCUUCGACCAAGUGCCCGGCCAGCAGAUCAGUGAUCCCAUGCAAAUCGACGUCUCAGCUAACGACUCUGUAGGCACCCCGCCUUCUGAUGCUGGCUUCCUGGCACAAAGCCACAGGGCCCGCGUGGCUCAUCUCCCCCAGCCGGCCCAAGACCAGCAGCCUACUCAGCCCCAGGCAGAGGAAGCAGUCGACAUGGAAGCCGCGGAGUUUGAGAUUCCUUCACUGUUCCCAAACUGGGCUGAGCGAGACAUUGCGGAGGUGCUCCUGACUCCCGAGACGUUUUACUGGUGGAAGUCUCAGGACGCGCUGGCUGAGCAAGGUCUGCUUCCUGAUAUCCCCCAGAUCUAUCCUUCUGGACACCCAAACAACCGUCCCACUGAGUCCUUUGCAACGGACGGAAGAAUCAUCGAGUGGGAGGACCUCCACUUGGGCGUCCGCUGGCUCCUCCUUCUCCGCCUCAGCGAACAACACUCUUUUGCCGUCGCCAUUGUCUCGCAGCUCAAGCUCUCCCACCACCAAGUCCAUGAGUUCGUCACCAGCUACGUCAAUCACUGCGAUCAGUGGAAUGCCUUCGAAAAGACCGUCAUGGAGAGAGCCAUGGGCCUUGAAGGCUGGAACGAAGAGGGAGAGAGAGCGCUCCUCAACUGGCUUCACGAGAAGCGCCCCCUUCUGCCCUAUGACAGCCUCACCAACGAGGAUAUCCAGCUGGGCCUUCGCUUUCUCUAUGAGCGCUGCAUCAUGGAUGAUGGCGUCGACUUGGUCGCGUGGUUUGAGGAGAAAGACAAGAAAGACUUUGCUCACAUCAAGAUUGAGGUCCCCAUCAUGAGAGAUUGCAUGGACCACAGACUCAUUCGGCGCGCUGCAGCCGCCAAGAUGUUCUCCAUCAAGAAAAUUGAAAAUACCGUCAAAGAGUUUGGAAGAGAGAAACGUCGCAGAGCUCAGUUUGCCCAGAUGGACAACUCCGGCCGCGUGCCGUGGGGAGACAAUCUGGAGCAGGACAAUGGCGAAAUGUCCGCCGAGGCGCAGACUGUCCUGAGCACCAUCUCGACUGAUCUGCACAGUGGCGAGCCAAUGCCGAUGCCAAUCCCGCCCUAUCAAAGACAGCAGAAGGCACAAGAGGCCCAUGGGGCACUGAGGCGCGUCGUUCCAGAGCUACAGCCCUAUUCAGCUCCAGGAGGACUUGCCAAGACUCAGUGGGAGAUCGAAAAUGGAUAUCCCUACGGAUUUGACUGGGAAUACACACCUCUUCAUUGGGGCGUAGAUGCAGAAGAUAUGGAGACUGACCCUCUCCCGGAGGAGCUGGUGAAGCCGCAGCCUUCUCGUGUGGCCGCUCUGCGAGAGACUCUUACCCAGCGACAAGAGGUUUACGCCGCUGCCGCCGCUGCUUCCUCUGCCCAAGCAUCUUCUGCUCAGACAUCUGCCGACGACUCCACAGGCCAAGAGGCCGAAAGGUAUGAACAAUCUUCCUCCACUCCAUCUGGUGCUGCACUGCUUCACAAUAACGCGCCAAGGUCUCGGAUCGGAACUGCUCGUGGGCGCUUCAUGACAAGCAAUGAGAGAGGGGAACUGAUGGCUGGUCAAGACUUCCAGAACCCUAGUUUUGCCACACAGCUUGCCGACCCUAGUUUUGCCACACAGCUUGCCGAAGAAGGAGUUCAAGGCCAGCCAGAGUUGCCGAUAGGAGCAGUGGAAGAAGAACCCGCAUCAAGUCUUCCAGAUCUGGAUCUCGCAGAGGACCUUGAGCCUGGCGACAACGUCGUCGUGCCGAACCAACGAAGCAGGCGGGCACGCCGGCCCAGUGCCCGUGCCCGCGAGUCUUUGCAACUUGCUUUGGAACUGGAACUGAAUGCUGAAACAACCACCGGAAAGCCCAAAGGAAGGAAAAAAGGCCGCACGUCAAGGAAAAGACAGCAAGGAGCCCAAGCCGAAGGCUCCCAAAGCCCCCAAAGCUCCCCAGGCCCCGAAAGCGACGAAAGCACCGAAGACUCCCCAGGUGACGACGGAGUCGCAGAGGUUGUCCGAGUCGCCCCCGUCGCCCAAGGCGGGCCCGAGCCAGCCCAAGAAGUCGGCGUCCAAGCCGAAGCGGCAGCAACAGGAGCCGCAGCACCAACAGCGCCAAUAGUUGUGCCUCGCAUGCAAGCGCGAGGCAGCUUGGUUCGACCGAGGGCCACCGCACGGUCUAUCACGUCACUGCCAACCGUGGAUGAAGUUCCGACUGGAGCAGCUGACGGACGGCCUCAGCUGGCUGUGGGAGAACCGAGCCCAUCCGGAUCAGAGGCCCCGGCAGCCCCUGAUGCUCAACGGAUAUCAGCCGCAAAACGACGAACGCAGAGAAUCUUUGGCAUCUCCAGGACCCAGGAGCUCAACUCGUGUCCACCCCCUGUUUCCGAAACCCACUCUGCUUGGACUGCAGAAGUGGCCCAGUUUGCUGUCGAAGCUAUCCAGGCCUCGUAUGCUCUCAAGGCAGACCGAAUCAUUCCGGAUUUGCUGGUUGCACCUCAGUACCAGAUGGAUGAAGACACUAUCAAGGCGACCAUUACCUCUAUGGAAGCCCAGUAUGCACGUAUUGAGUCCAUGAGCCGAUCAGAGAAUGGGCCUGUCGCCCAGACAGCUGAGUUCGCCGGUGUUACUGACAUGGCGACUUUUGCCAUCCAUGCUGCUGAAGCUGCUUUCGCCUUUGAAGAGGAGCAGGUCAUGCAGCACUUUGAGAAUGCCACUGGAUCGGAAGAGCCGCAACCACAGCCCGAGGUAUAA